AUGUUAGACGCUGAUCACGUGGAUGUUCCCGAGCUUUCCCAGGUGACUGUGUGUGUCAGGUACCGGCUGCUUCACGCCGGUGAGAACAACUCUCCAAUCCUCAGCUACUUCGCCAAGGAUUCCGACAACGAACUCCAAGUAGGUAAGAUCAAGCUGUCUCCUAUCUGUGCUCCGUCUCAGGGUACCUGUACCAGGGUGAUGUAUAGGUGGCAUCACUCUGCCAUCGCCCUCUAUCUUAUCGACAGGAAAUAUUGGCUUUCUCUACGAUGGAGAAGGAAGAAGUGUUCGAGGUGGAGAGGUCAAGAGAAGCUGUCAGUUGCUGGAGGCGGUCGUCUUGUGUUGGCCCAAGACUUAGAUACCUUAGCAGGAGGAUUUGACAUCCGUCAAAGCAUUCAUGGAGACGUAAGACACUUGUUUCUUUUCUCUCAAGCACUGCCCUUAGAUAGUCUCAGGCCUUAUAUCAAGUGUCAACAGCCAAUGACCAGCUUAAAGCCCCUUAUCUACUUUGAUAAGAAUAUGACUUUGUUUAAAGCAAUUGGCUCUGUUGAGAUUUUUGAGGCUCCACUCGGUUCCUUAUGCAAACAAAACUCAUCAUCUCUGGUAAUGUUUCUGGAGAAGCUGGAUUUUCAGUCCUCCUUUUCAAUUUGCUCCAUAAUGAAAGGAUCAAUGGCCGUUCCCAAAAGUGACGAAGAAAACACUGAAAUAUUCAACGAGUUCGUUAGAUUUAAUGACAUUUGUGUUGACGAUUAUGGAACGCUGUACUGGCUGGGAUUUAAAGGAGAUCUUCAGUCAGGCGAGUGGUUAACCUUGACUAAUAACCAAACCUUAUCCUGGAAUAAACUUUUCAAAGGCUAUGAUAAAGUUAAGCUCGGACAAAUGUGUGCCAGUGUAGGUGGUGCCUCUUUUCCCUACAAUUGGUACAGUACACCUUGUCAGAUCAUCAUGUGUCCUCUCUGUAACUUCACGUCAACGCCCACCUUUAAGGUGCGUGGCCUCUGUAAAGAUUCACUUAUUGACAAAACUCUCUUCAUCUGGGAUUACAAAAACGACAGAGUGCAGUUCCGGGGACCACACUAUACAACCAUCUACUGGGACACCGACAACUCGACCUGGAAGUUGACGAGUCGUAGCCACAAGAAACUGUUAAGCUAUAUGGUGAUGAAGACUUCAAGUGAAUAUCCUCUCGGAGUUCAUACAUGGACUCUCAUGGGCGACAAGUGUCUCAUUAAUGAGGUGGAGAUGUUGAUAACUGUUUGUAGUGAAGGUGAAUUUACAUGUAGCGAUGGCAACUGUAUAAAAAAGUCGCAGCGCUGUGACCUGACAAGCGACUGUCUGGACAAAAGUGAUGAAAUAAACUGUAAUUUCUUGCAAAUUCCAAGUGGCUACUCCGUCGACAUGCCUCCUCCUAAAGAGCAAAAUGCUGCUGUUCCUGUUUACAUUUUCGUCGAAAUCACCUCCGUUAGGAGAUUAGACAUUAUGAGCUUCAAAAUAGCACUGGACGUCAUCCUUAGUUUGUUCUGGCGCGACGGGAGACUAACUAUGAGAAACUUAAGAGAAGAUUUUAAUUUGAACAAAGUACAGGAUCACAAAAAUGUGUGGAUGCCGAGACUACAGAUGGAGGACGGGUCACGGAGUCUGGCAGAUCUGUUGCUCAGGUCAGAGUUGCUGAUGGUGCAGAGGGAUGGGCGUCCGGCCAUUGAUGACGAUGUAAGACUUUUUGAAGACGACGUGUACUUGGGGUCGGAGAACACCCUGGUGUUGAGACAGGUCUUUACUGUUGACUUCACCUGUCAGUUCUUGCUGCAGCGUUACCCCUUCGAUUCCCAGAUGUGUUCUGUCGCCUUCAGUCUGGUCAACGUCGCCCCCUCCGUUGCUGUCCUCCUCAAGCACGAGGACGGGGUGUCGUUCACGGGUCUGAGGAGACUUCUGGAGUAUGAGGUGACCAACUUCAACAUGACACAGCUCCAAAAUCCGCUAAUGUCCAGCCAGAGGAUGUUCCUGGAGUUGAAGAACCUGGUUGGGUACUACAUCAGCAGUGUUUAUAUCCCCACACUCCUCCUGCUCAUCAUCUGUUACCUCACUCUUUUCUUCGACAUCAAUGACUUCAGUGACCGUGUGAUGGUCUCACUCACGUCACUGCUGGUCCUGGCCGCUCUCUUCUCUCAAACAAGUCAAGCCAUCCCCAAGACUGCAUAUCUCAAGCUCAUAGAUGUCUGGUUUGUCUUUCUUAUUGUCGUGGAAUUCACUGUAGUCCUCAUCUUAGUAAUCACAGAGAAUCUACGAUAUAGGAUAGGCAAAGUUCCUCCCAAGAAUGUAAAGGUGAUAUCAGGACACACAUCAUUUGGGCAGAAUUUCAUGACUCUGCCAGUUGCUGUAGACAGUAAGGACGUUCAUCAGUGCGCCAUCAUGAUGAACAAGGUAGCCCAGGUUACUCUGCCAGUUCUUGUCAUUCUGUUUAUUGUGGGUUAUUUCAUCGUCUGCUUUGUUUUUUUCUAA